AUGAGUGGACAUCUUUCACCUCAGAUAGAAAGGCUAACUAAAUUAGAAAUUAUUGUCAUGUAUGACAAUUAUUUCACUGGUAAUCUUCCUAAUUCAUGGGGAAAUAUGUCACAUUUGAGCGAUUUCUAUUUAGACUACAAUAGAUUUGAAGGUUCAAUACCCGCAAGCCUUGGAAACUGUACAAAUUUGUUGUAUUUGGUGCUGGCACAAAAUAACCUUAGUGGAGCCAUCCCUCUUCAUUUAUUCCAUGCUUCUUCAAUGCUAGUUGACCUACUCUUGUACAACAAUCAAUUACAUGGGAGCAAACUUUGUGGUGGGAUUCCUGUCCUCCAUUUGCCCGCAUGUCCAUCAAAUCCUACUACAAAAAGAAAGAGGGGAAAAUUGUCUGUUCCUGUGAUUGUGAUCAUUGUAGUAGCCUCUUUGGUCGGGAGUGUGUCCAUAGUGGCAUUAGUGUAUUUCCUACUUUGUUCAAGGAGGAAACGAAACAAACCAUCUCAAGGAUCCCAGUUGAAUUUGAUAGAGCCGUUCUCGAAAAUAUCUUAUGACAUGCUUCUCAAAGCUACAGAUAGGUUUUCGGAAGCAAAUUUACUUGGCGUAGGUCGUUUUGGGUCUGUUUAUAAAGGGGUCCUUGAUCAUCAAGAGAGAAAUACAGUUGUGGCUGUUAAAGUUAUCAGCCUUGAACAGAGAGGAGCUACCAAAAGUUUCAUGGCAGAGUGUGAAGCAUUAAGAAGUAUCCGUCAUAGGAACCUUCUUAAGAUUGUCACGGUUUGCUCGAGUACUGACUUUCAAGGCAAUGAUUUCAAGGCUUUAGUGUACGAGUUUAUGACAAAUGGAAGUCUUCAUCAACGGAUUCACACAGAUCCACGUUUUAGAAGACUAAGCCUUCUUCAAAGGGUAGAGAUUGCAAUUGAUGUGGCGAGUGCACUGGACUAUCUGCACAAUGGUUGCGACACUCCUAUCAUUCAUUGCGACCUAAAACCAAGCAACAUUCUCCUUGACAAUGAUAUGGUUGCUCAUGUUGGGGACUUUGGGUUAGCAAGAUUUCAUUUGCGUGCAACUGCGAAUAACAGUAGCUCAAUAGCAGUCAAAGGCACGGUUGGAUAUGCAGCUCCAGAAUAUGGCUUGGGAAGUAUGGUGUCUAAGGAAGGUGAUGUUUACAGUUUCGGCAUUGUGUUGUUAGAGAUGAUGAUUUCAAAGAGUCCCGCUGAUGAGAUGUUCGAACGAGGUUUAGACCUUCACAAUUAUGCUAAUUCAGCAGCAUUGUCUGAUCAAUUGGAAAACAUCAUUGACCCAAGGCUCCUAGAGGAUGGAGGUACAAGUGAAGGAAACGAAGGCAAAAUUUUGACAGAAAUUGACAGGAAACAUAAGUGCAUAAAAUCUAUCAUCGAAAUUGGAGUAAAAUGUUCCGUGGAGUCACCACAAGAUCGAAUGAGGAUCAAAGAUGCUAUUGGGGAGUUGCAAGUAACAAAGGAUGCUCUCCUUAAACAACUACAUGUCAUUCGUGCAAAGCGCGUCUAG